CAGCUCUGGAGAAAUGGAAUUAAGGUCCAAGGAUGUUCAUUGAUUAUCAAAAGAAAACAAAUGGAGUUAAAAUUCUACUACCUUCCGACUUGCACGAAGAAACACUGUUGAUGAAAAGCUUUCAUUAAAGAGAUCCAAGUACCACAAUGGUAAAAAGAUUCCUACAUGAUCUUAAGGCAUACAGGAACUGCAGAUUCUCUCAUUUGCAAUGUAUAUAGUGUCCUGUAGAAAAAUUUAAGAAAUUUACUAUUUGUAUUGUUAUAUUUCAGUCAAUUUUAAGCCUAAUUAAUUUGACUUCUAAAGAAUUUUAAUUUCCUUUACAAAAGUUUACAUCUUAUUUCCAUUCCAAUCAAAAUGCUUACUAUGAACUUAGCUGAAAACAACCAAAAAUCUGAAUUUUUUGACAUUACCACCAGACUGUGAGUACUAACAUCUUUUCUGCAGAUAUUUUAACCAUGGAAACUUACUCUGCCUCAGUAUCACCUGUUAUAUGUAACAGCACAACUUUUAACCUAAAUGGAUCACAUUUGUGUAAUGAAAGCAUAUCUUCUAGAUUAGCUGAUAAAUCAGAACACCAACAAUACGUUAUUGGUCUUUUCUUAUCAUGUCUUUACACAAUCUUUCUUUUUCCUAUUGGUUUUGUAGGAAACAUUCUGAUACUGGUUGUCAACAUAAGCUUUCGUGAAAAAAUGACUAUUCCAGACCUUUACUUCAUAAAUCUUGCAGUAGCUGAUCUCAUUUUAGUUGCCGAUUCUCUCAUUGAGGUUUUUAAUCUUGAUGAAAAGUAUUAUGAUAUCACUAUUAUUUGUACCUUUAUGUCUUUGUUCCUUCAGAUCAACAUGUAUAGCAGCAUUUUCUUUCUGACAUGGAUGAGUUUUGACAGAUACAUAGCACUGGCAAAAGUAAUGAGGUCCAACAUAUUUCGCACUAUGCAACAUGCUAGAUUAAGCUGUGGUCUCAUAUGGAUGGCGUCUAUUUCUGCAGCACUAGUUCCAUUUACAGCUGUGCAUUUACAACACACUGGAGAGGUCUAUUUUUGUUUUGCAGAUGUAAAAGAAAUCCAGUGGUUAGAAAUAACCUUGGGGUUUAUUAUCCCCUUUGUGAUCAUCGGUCUUUGUUACUCGUUAAUUGUUCGAGUUCUUAUAAAAGCACACAAGCAUAGGAGUCUUCGUCUGCGGCGACAAAAGGCUCUUCGAAUGAUUUUUGUUGUUGUCUUGGUUUUCUUUAUCUGCUGGCUACCUGAAAAUGUCUUCAUUAGCGUUCAACUUCUUCAAAAGAAAAGCGAGCCUUCAAGCAACCCAUCCUUCAGGCAUGAUUAUCCUUUAACAGGACAUAUUGUGAACCUAGCAGCUUUUUCUAAUAGCUGUUUGAACCCCUUAAUUUACAGUUUUCUAGGCGAAACCUUCAGAGACAAACUGCGACUGUAUAUUGAACAGAAAACAAAAAUGUCAACAUUACAUCGUUUUUGUCAGGCUGCCUUAACGUCUGUCAUUCCUGACAGUAAUGAGCAGUCAGAAGUCUGAUGUAGUAGUGGUUGUAUAAAACAUAUGACUGUGAA